UUCGCUGCGCCACUAAAGUGGUUCGUCACUUUUUUUUUUUUCUGAUCCGCUCAUCCGCGUUUCGGUCAUCAGUCGAGGGAACCACACCUCUCUACCAUCCCUUCUUCCUUUCCUCUUCUUCUUCUUCUUCUUCUUCACCCCCUCUCCUUUUGUUCCUCGUCACUAAUCCUCUAUCGUCAUACAAGACACGAACACCUGGACCUAACACGCAUCAUAACAGGACAUUGGAAAAAACAGGAUAUCAUGGAUCCCAGAAAACUCAAGGUCAACGAACUGAAGGAGCAGCUCCAGCUUGCUGGUCUCUCUGUCAACGGCAAGAAAGAAGAGCUUGUCGCCCGUCUCCUGGAGCACCAAAAGGCGGAAGAGGAGGCCGCCAGUGCUGCUGGUCCCCCUACCGACACAGGGGAGACAUUCGACUGGGACGAGAGCAAGUUUGACGUCGAUGACUUGGCACCUCCUUCAGAUCCGGUUACAGCAACAUCAGCGGCGUCUGCAAUGACCCCUGCUGUAGCACCAUCCUCUACAACAACCACGACGGCAACGACCAAAGCAGGACCUGGAAAGCCUACCUCGGCAGCCGGCACCUCAACGACCGCUCCUGCAGCGGCAACAACCUCUACAGCCGAAGUCGCAUCAACCGCAGGAACAACCAGCCCUGUCCCAGCCAGUGGAUCGGUUCAGUCCCAGCAAACUGUCAAUGACUCGGAUGUCUUGAAGGCCGAGUUUGAAAAGCGCAAGAACAGAGCAGCGCGUUUCGGCAUCCCAUUGAAGGAGCAGGACAAGGCUAUAGAGAGGGCUGCGCGAUUCGGCGUGCCCGUCCCUGCGUCUGCCGCUGCAUCAUUGGCAAAGGCCACAGGAACUGCAACAUCAAAGGCACCAGCUUCUCCCAAGGCUCUUCCAACCAAGCCUGCUUCUAUUGCUUCUCAGAUCCCUGCUGAUGUUCUGAGUAAACGACAGCAACGCUUUGGAACUCAGGCACCUGCUGCAGGGGGCGCCUCAGGUGCUAGUGCCGCCAAGAAGCCGGCACAGGUACUGGAUCCGGCUGAGGAGGAAAAGAAGCGCAAGCGUGCAGAGAAGUUUGGCCUCAAUGCUACUACGGACGAGGCAUCCAAGAAGGCGAAGGUGUAAUGGGCGAGCUUUCUGAAUAUUAAACGUAUGUUG